AUGGAGAGCUUCAUGGAGUCGCUGAACAGGCUGAGGGACGUGCACGAGAAGGAAGUGCUGGGCCUGCAGAGCAAGCUUCUGGAGCUGAACUCCGAGCGAUGCCGGGAGGCACAGAGAGUGGAGGAACUGUUUGCCAAGAACCACCAGCUCAGGGAGCAGCAGAAGGUGCUGAAGGAGAACCUGCGGGCGCUCGAGAACAGGCUGAGGGCUGGCCUGUGCGACCGGUGCAAAGUCACCCAGGAGCUGGCCAGGAAGAAGCAACUGGAGCUGGAGAGCGCACACCUGCAGAGUCUGCAGCACCUCUGCGUCCUCACCAAAGAAAUGAAUGGGUUGAAGGAGGAGAACAAAAUGUUGAAGGAGGAGGUGAAGCGACUUCGGGGCCUAGAAGACAGAGCGGUGCCCGUGGCCAGGGAGGGCACCCCAGGCCCCCCGUCCCCACUGCUGCUCCCCUCCCCUGGCAGCUGGAAGACGGUCCCUCAGGAGACACCGGCAGGUUCCGGGGAGAACCACACGGGCCCAGGUCCAUGGGGAGAAGAAAAGCCAACGGGCCAUAGGACGUCACCAGGCACCAACCUGCCUGAGCCACGCACCCCAGACAUGAGCCCCCAGCGCAUAUCCAACCAGCUGCAUGCCACUGUCGCCGUGGUACGGCCUGGGUCCCGGGCCUGCCCUGCUGACUGCGGCCCCUCCGGCAGGACAUCCCCACCCACGACCACCAGGAGCAGCCCAGCCAGCCCAGUAUAUGAGCACAGCGCCCCCCUGGACAGCUUCCUGCGGGCCUCCCGGUCCUCGGCCGAGGCCUUCGAGUCCCUGAAGCGCUCCCUCCAGGCCGACCGCCGCUGCCUCCUGAACCGCCAGCUGUCCCUGCGCCUGCGCAGCCCCCACGGGAGCCCCCUGGCUGUCCCCAGGGCUCCCCACAGCCCUCAACUCCAAGGCCUGAAGGCUCAGGACGCAGAGGCCUGGGAGGAGCCCACGGGCCUGCUGGGCCUGCCCAGCGCCUUGGUGGGCAUGCAGGACCCACGGCUGGAGGGGGCCCUGCACCUGCUUCUGGCCCAGCAGCAGCUGUGGGCUCGGGCACGGGCGAGCAGGCUGCGGGACUCACCCACACCCAGAGAGUCGCCCGUGUCCCCGCCAGCUGGCUCCGACUGGGAAAGCCCUGGGAGCCAGGUGCUCCGGGCAGGCGUCGGGACAGCGGUCCCUCCAGGCGGGUGGCACUCUUCCCCUACGGGCCCCAGCGGCCUCCAGAGGAAAGAGGGCAGCGCCACUCAGGACUGCGCCUCAGACAGACCCCUGGACCUCUCAGACCCGGCCCGCUGCCGCGACUCCAGACCCAGCGGCCAGCACAGACCCCUCCGCCCUGCAGCUGCCCCCGCGCCGAGCCCCGAGCCCCUCGAAGGAGCGGUGCCUGCCCUGUGCACGCCCCUGGCUCCCGGUCCCCAGGCAUGCAGCAAUGGCAUCAAGGGAACCAGAGUGACAGAGCGUGAAGAACUCUCCAUUCCCACGGUAAGGGUCUGGCACGGGCCGCGGGCUCUGCUCCUGCUCCCAGCCUCCGUGUGCCCCAACUGCACGCUGGCCUCCGGCCUCCACCCCAGGCAACAGCCCAGUCCUGGUGGGAUGGAAGGUGAGGCUGGAGGAAGACUGAAGCGGGGGCCCUGCCCGCAGAGGACGGAUGGUGACCGGUCCCCAGAGCCCAGCAAGGCUAGCGUGCAGAGGCCAGAAUCGGAUGCACUGGACGAGCCUGCUGCCUCACACAGCGAGGCGGACGCAAGCUGUGAGGUGGGCACCAAGCUGAGCCUGCCCGUGAAGGGGCCUCCUCAGGAUCUACAACAGAAGAGGAAGUGGGACCUGGCCCUGGGGGACACAGCUUCCAAGGAGCCAUCCUGCGGGAAGAAACCCAGGGUGUCCCUGACAGCAGCGGAGGAAUCUGAGAGUGUGCCGAGCCCUGAGGACCGCAGCCCCUCCCCUGGGAGCAGCGGCUGGGAGAGCUAG